AUGAAGGCUGCCGUGGUCCUCGUCUCCGUCGUCGGCCUCGUCGCCGCCAUCAUCACCCCUCCCUGGGUCCCUGGGUGCUCCCGUCCGUGCCUCGGGAAGCCCAUCGACAACUCGGGUUGCCGGACCACGGACAUGCGGUGCCUCUGCCAGGACUUUGUGAUUGACAAGAUCGUCAACCAGGCCUGGCCCUGCAUCGCCGGCAAGUGCGGCAUCUUCGACCAGGUCCAGGUGCACAGGAAGCUGCGCUUCCACUUCUGCAGGUGGCCGAACAUGGUGGAGCCCCCGGGGGAGAGGCCGCCGCCCACCAAUGUCAAGCAGCCGCCGAAGAGGCCGAAGCCGGUACCUUUGCCGUGGAAGAUCCGACAAAAGCCCUCCAAGACCCAGUCGACGCCGAUACCCACGCCGACGCCAUCAGCCGGCGGUCGUGGUGUCGACGAUGAGGCUGCGCUGGACGCUGGAAGUGACGAAGUUGCGGUGGACGGCGGUGAACUUGACAACGUUGCGCCGGACGCUUGA